UUCCGACGUACGCCGGAUUCCGUUAAAUUACGUGCCGUGUUUCUGCUCAAAUUCCGCCAUGGGGCUGCUUGACCACUUGUGGGAUGACACCGUUGCCGGGCCACCACCCGACAGCGGCCUUGGCAAGCUGCGAAAGCACUCCACUUUCAGUUUCCGAUCAAGCUCCGGCAAGGGUAUGCGACUGCCGCUCGCUCUCUCACGCCGGUAGCUCAUUUCUCGCUAAUAAUAGAACCUCACGUCACGUGAAUUCGCGAACCGAUCGCUCUAAAAUCAGAAUUAUUCCCCAAAGAAAUUAUUAGAGAAAUAGAAAGAUCGCCGUCGUUGAUCAGAUCGACUGGUCAAAUAGCUUCUCCUAUUGAUUUUCGUCGAUUUGAGAUCUUAAACUGAUCCUACAUUUUACAAAAUGUUUCGAAAUGAUUUAGUCUAAUCGAAUCUUCGAGAUUCAAAGUCUUUUAUCUUAAACAAUUUUUUUUUUCUUUCUUACAUAUAAAUUGAUUUUGGUUGUGAAUUGUGAUGAUCAGAAUCUGACAGUGGCAGUGUGAGAUCUAUCGCCGAUGAAUCGUCGGUGGAGACGACGAGAGUGACGCGGAGUAUCAUGAUAGUGAGGCCGCCGGGGUACCAGAACGCUUCGCCACCGGUUUCGCCUGCCGGCUCGACUACUCCUCCGGUAUCUCCCUUUUCCGGAGCUAAAGAGUCCUAUCGGUUUCGAAGAAGAUCGACAUCAGAUGCGUUUGAGAAGGGAAGCGAGGCUGGACCAAAAAAACCUACUUCUCCUUACGACGUGUGAGAUAUGAGCAAGUUUGUUUCUUUCUUGCUAUCGGCUGAUGAAAAAUGUUACCCUGUUGAAUUUUCUCCGUGUAUUUUAGCUUAUAAGCCCUGUAUUCCACUGUGUGUGUUGCGUGUGUGUGGUUGCUUAUAUAUGUCUAGUUGUGUGGAUGUUAAACCUUGUCAUGGUAUCUAAGAGGGGGCGUAAGCUGUAAAAUAUGUAGAGUUGGUAAUGUAGUUUGCUCUCUGCUCUGUACAUAGAAGUUGUAAUGUUGCUGUAAUAAAGAUUUGUCCAUCGGUUCUUUCUCUUCUUUCUCCCCACGUUUUGUUUUCGUCGAACAUAGAAUUGUGAUAGAUUUGAUCAGUGUGGUAUUGUUUGUUAAAGGUAGAGCAGAAAUGUAAGUUGGUAGGUGGAUGGAUGUAAAAUGUAAGUUGGUGGGGCGCAAUUCAUGCGGUGAAUCUCUCGCCGUUUGCUGAUAAGUCAACAAUUUAUUUAUGACCUAUCAUUUGGAAUAAUGAUCUUAUAUAUAGAAUUGCAAGAGCUAAUUUCUAGAUGUGCAUUUUCUGUCAUCCAAGAUUCCAAUCUAUUCUUUGAGGUGUUGAAAUUGGGUAAUCAAUCGAUGGAUUUUGACUCAUUUGCUGCUUUGUUGAAAUUUGCAUUGUUUCAUGGAAUUUAGUGUUUUUUGGGUCAUUAUUGCUUUUUAAUUUUUAGGUUUUUCUAGAAAUAUAAACUAAGGUACUCUUU